AUGGCAGCAAAAGGUUCAAUGGAGGAAUUCUUGGCCACGGCGGUCGACGCCGCUAAGAAGGCUGGAGAGAUUAUUCGUUCAGGGUUCUACGAGACGAAGCGUGUGGAGCACAAAGGCCAAGUGGAUUUGGUCACGGAGACUGAUAAGGCAUGUGAAGAACUCAUAUUCAAUGUUCUCAAACAAACAUACCCGGACCAUAAGUUCAUAGGGGAAGAAACUACUGCUGCAUGUGGAGUGACAGAAUUGACCGAUGAACCAACUUGGAUCGUUGAUCCUUUAGAUGGAACGACUAAUUUUGUUCACGGGUUUCCGUUCGUAUGUGUAUCUAUAGGGCUAACGAUUGGACGAAUUCCAACUGUCGGUGUUGUUUAUAAUCCUAUAAUGGAUGAGCUUUUCACUGCCGCUCGAGGAAAAGGUGCAUUUCUCAAUGGAAAACCCAUCAAAGCGUCAUCUCAAACUGAGCUUGUGAAGUCUCUUCUAGCCACAGAGGCAGGUACAAAACGUGACAAGUCUACUGUGGAUGCCACCACAAAUAUGAUCAAUAGCUUACUCUUCAAGGUUAGGUCCCUCCGUAUGAGCGGCUCUUGUGCAUUAAAUCUCUGUGGCAUUGCAGCUGGAAGGCUUGAUAUCUUCUAUGAACAAGGUUUUGGAGGCCCUUGGGAUGUAGCUGCUGGAGCUAUAAUUGUAACCGAAGCUGGAGGUCUCGUAUUUGAUCCCUCUGGUAAGGACUUCGAUAUUACAUCUCAGAGAGUAGCAGCUUCGAAUUCUUACCUAAAGGAUGCAUUUAUUGAGGCAAUGCAGCAAUCAAAAUAA